UUGAUUUCGCCACAGUCGCUGUCUGAACGUUGCUGUACGACGUUGGGGUAAAAGUUGUUUUCAAAUAAAGAGACGACGCUUUCGGGGAAAAAAGAUAUUGAAUAUUGAGUAUUUUUAAGACUCGCGUCACCGCCGCGUUAAGUUAUUAAGAAUUUAAAUUUUGCGUUUUAUUAAGUGCUGUAUCGUUUUUGACUACGAACACAAUAAUUAAUCAUUGUACACAUUUUAUACUGUAUUUGUACCGUACAAAAGAAAAGAAAAAAAAAAACAAGACAAUACAACGUUAACGGCAAGUAAACAAGGAUUUUGGUAAUUUUCCAUUAACAACGCGUCAAUGUUGUAAACGUGUAUUAUAACAUUGAAGUAUAGAAGAGAAUCAUUUAAUAAUAAUGCUUUUAACAAAUAUUGAAAUUUGGGCUAUUGGAGCAUCAGAAAAUGCUAUGGCAGAGGAUAGUACACUAAAUCACGUGGAUGUUUUUAAUCCGCGUUUAGUGCCGACAACACCAAACAACAACAAUAUCUAUUCAAUUAAUCAUAUGUCGUCAAAUGGUUACUAUGGUUUUUCGAAUGUGAACACUACAACAGAAGAUGCAUCUAACAACAACAAUAUUACCCAAAACAAUAACAUUACGAAAGAUGGAAAUGGCAUAACUGACAACAUUAAAAGUGUGCGUUGCAAAAAGCGCUUCUGCGGCAGAGACGGUGACAUCGACAGCGACAGCGUUGAUUUCAACAGUUCUGCUGUAGCUAAACGGUGCCGCUUCGAUGAUGAUUAUGCCGCUCAAUAUUGCAAUGAUUUCUUUUCGUUGCCCUCGACUCAAAUUGGAACGCAGCAAUGCCUAAUGGAUACAGAAGAUUACAGCAAUCUACCACAUCGAAUGCAAUUUGAUCAGCAGAACGAGCAACAGGUAGAUGUCGCCAGUUGGAGAGUUGGUCAUGAUCACAUUUACACUGAAAGUAAUUUUCACACUCCAUCAACACCACAAAAUCAGAUAGCACAAUCACAAUUUUCGCCAAAUCAGCAACAUUAUCAAGGUCAUUUACACCGUGCUAACAGGGAUGUCAGUCGUUAUGACAGAAAAUGUGAUUUAAACGUCAGUAACCGCAAAUAUUGUUUAAUUAGUGAGGAAUUAGAUUAUUGUUGCCACACAAUAAAUAAAAAUAAAAUCAAACAAGAUUUUAAAUUAAAUUCUGAUGCAAUUAUGUUUGCAACAACUCAUGGUGGCUGUGCGCAUCAUUAUAUUGCUGCUGAACUCAAGGAUGAAAAUUUUUUCGGCGAUUUUUAGUAUUAGAGAAUAAUAAAUUGAUUUUUUUUUCCUAUUUCAAUUUCAUACAAUAUAUAUAAAAUACAAAAAAAUAAGAAAAUUU